AUGUCUCUCAAAUACAGUAAAGUCCUUGUUCUUGGCGCUACAUCCGGCAUUGGCUGGGCCCUGGCCGAGAAGAUUGUACAAGACGGCAAACACGUUAUUGUUGUUGGCCGACGACAAGAGAAGCUGGACGAAUUCGCAUCGAAGCACGGAGAAGACAAUGUUUCGACCAAGGCUUUCGAUAUCACCAAGCUUGACGAGAUACCAAAGUUCGUCCAAGACAUCACCAAGGAGCACCCAGAUCUCGACUCUGUUAUUUUAAACUCUGGAAUCCAGCGUGGCUUUGACUUCUCAAAACCCGACACUGUCGACCUAGAUGUACUGGAGCUGGAGUUCCGCACAAACUACCUGUCGUACAUGCAUCUGACGACAGCCUUCAUUCCUUUUCUGCAGAAAAAAGACAAUGAGACAAGCCUGAUCUACACAACGUCUGGACUGGCCCUUCUCCCACUGCCUAGGUGUCCGAACUACUGUGCCUCGAAGGCUGCGCUGCAUCACAUGAUCCUGGUCAUCCGUGAGCAGCUCCGAGCCGGACCAGGCAACAUCAAGGUCAUUGAGAUUUUCCCGCCAGCGGUCCAGACCGAACUACACGACGAGAAGCACCAGCCCGACAUCAAAGAUGGGGGUAGCAUCGGCAUGCCGUUGAAUGAGUUUACAGACGAGGCUUGGAAGAAGUUGACGAACGGCGAUGAGCAGAUCCCGGUUGGUUUUGUUAGCAACGUCUUUGAAAAGUUCGAGAAGACAAGGCAGGGCAUGUUUCAUGAUAUCAUGAUGAAGAUGCACUAG